UGAGGUGCAGCCAUGGCAGGCAAGGGUAAGACUGCUGUGAGGACACUGGAGGAUUUAACGCUAGAUUCCGGUUAUGGUGGAGCGGCAGACUCCUUCAGGUCGUCCAGCGUGUCUCUGUGCUGCUCGGACACGCAUCUCUCGUAUGCGCAUGGGGGAAACUGCUGGCAUCUGACGGAGUCUAUGCACAGCAGACAAAACAGUUUGGACACAGUCAACACAGUCCUGGCGGAAGACACAGAAAUCCUGGAGUGCUCUGGACAGUGCGCGAAAUUGCCCGAGCUGGAGGACGUACCAUGGAGCCUCGGAGAGGUGGAGAGCGCGCUCAGAAAGGAGGAAGAACUGCGAUUGGGUUGCCCGCCGAGGGAGAUCCUGGCCAAGCUUUCAGCUUUGGUGAGCCGCGCGCUUGUGAGAAUUGCCCGCGAGGCGCAGCGCUUGAGCUUGCGCUACGCUAAAUGCACCAAGCAUGAAAUUCAGAGCGCAAUUAAAGUGGUCCUCUCUUGGACCAUAUCUGUCAAUUGUAUUACCGCAGCGCUCAGUGCCCUGUCACUGUAUAACAUGAGCACCGGAGACAAGUUCAGCCGGGGCAAGUCGGCGCGCUGCGGACUGGUGUUUUCGGUCGGGAAGUUCUUCAAGUGGAUGGUCGACAGCCGGGUGGCCUUGCGGGUCCACGAGCAUGCGGCGAUAUAUCUCACGGCGUGCAUGGAAAGUCUCUUUAGAGAAGUGUUCUCCCGUGUUCUACGCAGUGCACUGAUCGAGAAGGACAACGGAAUCCCUAAGUUUACCGUGGAGAGUUUGGAGCAGGCUAUCAACAACGACUCGGAAUUAUGGGGUCUCAUGCAACCUUACCAGCAUCUCAUUUGUGGGAAGAAUGCAAACGGUGUGCUGAGCCUGCCGGAGAGCCUGAACCUGCACCGGGACCAGCAGCAGCGAGGUGGCGGAGGUGGCGGAGGGGCCUACAGCCAGUCUGAGCUGCGCACCAUCGAGCAGUCGCUACUGGCCACGCGCGUCGGGAGCAUCGCAGAGCUCAGUGACCUGGUGUUGCGCGCCAUGCACUACCUCCAGCCCCUCCACAUCAAGAACCCCAGUAACGGCACGCCAGUGCACCAGUCCAGUCGGCAGGUCCCCGGCUUGGGCUCGGGCCCCGGGGGCAGCGGGGUGCACUGGGAGCCCGAGGCCCUCUACACCCUCUGCUACUUCAUGCACUGCCCCCAGAUGGAGUGGGAGAACCCCAACAUAGAGCCAUCCAAGGUCACCCUGCAUACCGAGAGGCCGUUCCUGGUACUGCCGCCGCUGAUGGAGUGGAUCCGGGUGGCGGUGGCCCAUACCGAGCAUCGCCGCAGCUUCUCAGUGGACAGUGACGACGUGCGGCAGGCGGCCCGACUACUCCUGCCCGGAGUGGACUGUGAACCCCGGCAACUCAAAGCUGACGACUGCUUCUGCGCCACCCGGAAGCUGGACGCCACCUCCACGGAGGCCAAGUUCCUGCAGGACCUAGGCUUCCGCAUGCUCAACUGCGGCCGGACGGACCUGGUCAAGCAGGCCGUCAACCUGCUGGGACCCGACGGCAUCAAUAGCAUGAGCGAACAGGGGAUGACCCCGCUCAUGUAUGCGUGCGUGCGCGGGGACGAGGCCAUGGUCCAGAUGUUGCUGGACGCCGGCGCCGACAUCAACAGCCAGGUGCCCAGUACUGUACACAAGCACCCCUCAGUUUACCCCGAAACCAGGCAGGGGACGUCACUCACAUUCGCUGUGUUACAUGGACACGUCCCUGUUGUGCAGCUGCUGAUGGACGCACGAGCGAGCGUGGAGGGCGCCCUGCAGGACGGAACGGACAACUAUGCCGAGACACCGCUGCAGCUGGCCUCGGCCGCAGGUAACUUUGAGCUGGUGACUCUGCUUCUGGAGAGAGGAGCGGACCCUUUCAUCGGCACCAUGUACCGCAACGGCAUCACCUCCACUCCCCUUGGGGACAUGAACUCCUACAGCCUCGCCGCCGCGCACGGGCACAGGAAUGUGUUCCGGAAGCUUCUAUCGCAGGCGGACAAGGACAAAGGCGACGUGCUGUCGCUGGAGGAGAUCUUGGCCGAGGGCUCCGAGUCGGGGUGCCUGGGGGGCACGGGCACUGCCCCUGCCACUGCCUCCAACACGGGCACGGCCCAGAAGCGGGCAUCAGCGGCGGCGGUGGCAGUGGCGGCCCAGCAGGAGGGCACAGGCCCAGGCACGGCCAUGCGCAUCGGGAAGGCCAGGCUGCGGGCCCUGCGCGAGGCCAUGUACCAUAGUGCUGAGCACGGACACGUGGACAUCACCAUCGACAUACGCAGCCUGGGUGUCCCGUGGACGCUGCACACCUGGCUGGAGACACUGCGUACCUGCUUCCAGCAGCAGCGGCGGCCGCUCAUCCAGGGCCUACUCAAGGACUUCAGCUGCAUCCAGGAGGACGAGUACACCGAGGAGCUCAUCACACACGGCCUGCCCCUCAUGUUUGAGAUCCUACGCAACAGCAAGAAUGAGGUGAUAUGUCAGCAGCUGUCGGUGAUCUUCACGCAGUGCUACGGGCCCUUCCCCAUCCCCAAACUCACAGAGAUGAAGAAGAAGCAGACCUCAAGACUCGAUCCCCACUUCCUCAACAACAAAGAGAUGUCAGACGUGACUUUCCUGGUAGAAGGGAAGCCAUUUUACGCCCAUAAAGUCUUGCUCUUCACUGCAUCAGCGAGAUUCAAAUCCCUGCUUGCCAACAGACCGGCCUCUGAGAACACUUGCAUUGAAAUCAGUCACGUCAAGUACAAUAUUUUUCAGUUGGUGAUGCAGUACCUUUACUGUGGAGGAACUGAGUCUCUACACAUCAGGAACACGGAGAUCAUGGAGCUCCUGUCUGCAGCCAAGUUCUUCCAGCUGGAAGCCCUUCAACGUCACUGUGAGAUCAUCUGUUCCAAGAACAUCACCAUAGAGACCUGUGUGGACAUAUACAAACAUGCCAAGUUCCUGGGUGCGGGCGAGCUGGCGGCCUUCUUGGAGGGCUACUUCCUGAAGAACAUGGUGCUGCUGAUCGAGCUGGAGGGCUUCAAGCAGCUGCUGUACGAGCUGGGGUCGGAGCUGGCCCACGUCCACCCAGUCUCCUCCCCCACCUCCCCCGUGGGCCCCGGCAGCUACGACGUGCUGCGGGAACUGGAGAGCAGCCUGGCGGCACGCAUCCACUCCAUCCACCUCUCCUCCUCCAAGGGCUCCGUGGUCUGAGGGUGUUAGUGGUGAGGCCUGAGGUUUGAGGUCCGUCGGCCGCUGGGCUCUUUUGCUGGCUGGUGGUGGUGGUGGUGGUGGUGGUGGUCUGAUCUGAGACCUGAGUCCUGAUCUCGCUCGAUGGACCAUUCCUCCAAACCCCAAACAAACAAUCAACGGUAGCAGUAGCAGCAGUACUCGUCACACAUUCCUUCAUCACUGAAUGACUACCCUCCGACCACAUGUACACACAUCACACAAAUACACACUCAGUUCUAUCCUUCACAGACCCUGCUCCUUAUUCUCCAGUCCUCAACCAC